UUUUUUUCCAAACUAUCCCCGUGAAAAACAACAACAACAACAAACUUAUGAGAUAUUAUGAGGUGUUACAAUCCUCGUAGAAAAUAGUAUUUAGACCUGAGAAAGACUGAGAGAAAUGGGCCUUCCAUUCUCGCAAGAUGCAAGCUGGUCAGCGUGCCCCCCAGAGCUAGUGUGAAGAUAUAGAUAUCCCAAGCAUGAGUCUUCUCUACGAUCGAAGAAUUUAUUCUCUUCUCUUCUCUUCCAUCGUUUAUUCGGCUUCUUAUUCCCGCCAUCAUUGCAGAUUGUUGCUGUAUCUCCUCGUGGCGCUGCCUUGCAUGAGCACAGGAACCCAGGGCGUCCUGGUCCACGACGUGAAGGUGCCCCAGCCAGGCAUCUCGGGCCGGAGUGCCCAGCUGGAGUGCCUCUGGUCGGCGGGCGUCAAGGGCUUCUACUCCGUCAGGUGGUACAAGGACGGCGAGCAGUUCUACAGCUUCAUCCCGCAGAACUACCCGGAGGUCAAGGUGGACCACAACCUGCCGGGGGUCACGGUUUACCUCUCCAAGUCAAACGAAUACAUCGUGACCUUGAGGAAGAUUGACCUGGUCUCCGAGGGCGUCUACCGGUGCGAGGUCAUGAGCGAGGCGCCGACCUUCCAGACUUCCUUCGCGUCUGCCAAUCUAACCGUCGUAGAGAUGCCCGGGGCGCCGCAGAUCAUCGGAAUGCAGGAAUCGUACACGGUGGGGGAGACUCUGCGCCUCAACUGCACGGUGCCGGACUCGCGCCCUCCGGCCCGCAUCUCCUUCAGCGUCAACGGCAGACUCAUACAUCCGGGGUCGGGCCGCAUCACCGAGUACCCGCGGGUGGACGCCGGCGGCCCGGGCCACCCGUAUGCCCUCAGCACCACUCGCAGCCAGCUGACCCUUCCCCUGGGGGAGCGCCACGUCCCCGCCGUCACCGUGGAGUGCGAGGCUCAGGUGCUCUCGCUCACCACCCACGCCUCCCACAGCGCCCACGUCCGCCCGCUCUCCACGACCUUCUCCUUCUUCAACGCGGGAUCCUCGCUUCCCUCCGCCCUGUCGUGGCACUGCGCCGCGGCCGCCCUCUCGCUCCUCGCCCUUCUGUAGAGGCGAAGCCGCGGCGUCGAGCAGCUCGCGACGAAAGAUUAUCAUUCCCCUUCGUUGUGGCAGGUUCUAGCUAAAGGAACUUGAUAUCAUUCCAAAUUUUUAUUAUUAUUAUUAUUAUUAUUAUUAUUAUUAUUAUU